AUGUCGACCACAGAGACCGCCUCGCCUAUUGGCAUUGCCAAUCUCCCCAACCAGCGACACAAGAUUGUCGCGAAGCGGGGUGCGGCUUUCACAAUUAUGGUCGCUGGAGAGUCUGGUUUGGGAAAGACUACCUUCAUCAACACCCUGUUUUCUACCACCAUUAAAAACUACGCCGACCACAAACGCCGUCACCAGAAGCAGGUUGACCGCACUGUUGAGAUUGAGAUUACCAAGGCUGAGCUAGAGGAGAAGUUCUUCAAAGUUCGCCUGACCGUUAUUGAUACCCCCGGCUUCGGCGACUACGUCAACAACCGUGACUCAUGGCAGCCAAUCAUCGAGUUUUUGGACGACCAGCACGAGUCCUACAUGCUCCAGGAGCAGCAGCCCCGCCGUUCCGACAAGAUUGAUAUGCGUGUCCACGCUUGCUUGUACUUCAUCCGCCCCACCGGACACACCCUGAAGCCUCUCGACAUUGAGGUCAUGAAACGCCUGAGCUCCCGUGUUAACUUGAUUCCCGUCGUUGCCAAGGCUGACACUUUGAGCCACGCUGAUUUGGCCCGCUACAAGGAGCGAAUUCGCGCUGUUAUCGAGGCCCAGGGCAUCAAGAUUUACACCCCUCCCGUCGAGGAGGAUGACGAGCACGCCGCUACCCACGCCCGUAGCUUGAUGGCUGCUAUGCCUUUCGCCGUUAUUGGUUCCGAGAAGGAUGUCAAGACUAACGACGACCGUAUUGUGAAGGGCCGCCAGUACGCCUGGGGUGUUGCCGAGGUGGAGAACGAGGACCACUGCGACUUCAAGAAGCUCCGUUCGAUCCUGAUCCGUACCCACAUGCUCGACCUUAUCCACACCACCGAGGAGGCCCACUACGAGGCUUACCGUGCUCAGCAAAUGGAAACCCGCAAAUUUGGCGAGGCCCGUCCUCGCAAGCUCGACAACCCCAAGUUCAAGGAGGAGGAGGAGAACCUGCGCAAGCGCUUCACCGAACAAGUCAAGGUCGAGGAGCAACGCUUCCGCCAGUGGGAACAGAAGCUCAUUUCGGAGCGCGACCGGCUCAACAAAGAUCUCGAGGCCACCCAUGCUGCGAUCAAAUCGCUCGAGGGAGAGAUCGAGGAUCAGGAUGGUUUCGAGAAUUGCACUGGUGUUAACCUUCAGAACUUGCCAGGCCCCAUCAAUGCGGUGACCUUCUCCAGUUCCCCAGGCACAUACGUGCUCACAGGAUCAUCAGAUCGGGCUAUUCAUCUUUCGCGCGCUAUCCCAAAUGAUGCAGAAAAAUAUCCCACGGCUAUCGAAACCACCACCCCGAUCCAACGGUACGAGGCGCAUGGAUACUCCGUCCUCGACUUGGCUGUAGCCGCAGACAAUGCGCGAUUCACCAGCGUGGGAGGUGACAGAUCAGUACUUCUUUGGGACGUUGAGCAAGGCAUAACGACCAGGCGCUGGACCGGACAUACUAGCAGAAUUGAGGCUGUUCAAUUCGCAGGCGAGGGCGAUUCCGUAGUGGUCUCGGGUGGUGCAGAUACCAACAUUAAUCUAUGGGAUACUCGCUCCCAAUCCUACAAGCCUAUCCAAACACUCUCCGAUGCAACCGAUACUGUCUCAUGCCUACAUGUCCACAUGCCAACAUACUCCAUCGCUAGUGGGAGCUAUGAUGGCCAUUUGCGACUCUAUGAUGUCCGUAUGGGUACUAUGACGGCCGACGUUCUGGCUCAUCCAGUGACAAGCGUUCGUUGCUCGGAAGAUGGCAAUUCGCUGCUCGCUUCUACGCAAGACAGCCACAUUCGAAUGAUAGAUCGCAAAGAUGGGAAACUGCUCGCAGCCUUCGGACCGAGCCAAGACAAAGAGCAAUCCUCGACAAUGCACGAGCCCAAUCCUUAUGUCUACAAGAACACCGAGCUGCGGAUCCGGUCCGUCUUUGCUCAAGCUGGUUCGAUUGUUCUGAGUGGAGGCGAAGCUACCAAAGGUGAUCGUCUCGGUGCUGCUGUCUUUGCUUGGGAUAUCCUGAGUGGAAACCUUGUGAGCACGAUACCAAUGGGUGAAAACGUUCAGGUCGUGAGCUGUGUGGCUUGGAAUCAGACAGGCAGCUGGGCGGGUGGAUGUUCAGAUGGUACCGUCCGGGUCUUUGGUUAA